AUGGAGCAAAUAGAGCGCCGCAACAAGCGUCAAUACAACUAUCUGAAGGAGCUCAUUGUUGGUACUCACCCACCUCCGGAACAGAAGGACACCCCGGAUUCCCCUUCACCUAGUAGCACAGGGAGCCAUGACGAACCAGACAGUGGAGUUUCGCGCUUAAGGGGAGAAACAAAACGCGCUUCACCAUCUCCUUCCUUAUUCCUUCGAGCAGAACACGCUCGGCCUCAACCAGGGAAAAACCCUAGCCGUCACCCCCGCCGCAAGGAGGAGCCGUGUUUGCCGCCGUCCGUCGCAAUCAAGGGCUUGUCUCCUCGAGUCUUCGUGCGUCACAGUCAGGGGAGUUCUCCAAGUCUUCGAUCUUUUCGCCGUUGUUUGUCGCUGUUGUUUGUCGCCAUCUGUAGCAGUCAGGGGUUUGUCACCAAGGAGUAUCUCUUCGUACUGUUGGCGUUAUCCAAGUCAAACCCCAUGUUCGCUGUCUUCUUCCUCGCUCGGCGCCCAUCCUCCAUCGGAUUCGUCCUGCUCGCCGUCGUCUUGUCGCCGUCGCCCUCUCGAAGGACAAGUUUUGUUAGAUAGGAAUGAUAAGAGUUUGAGGCUAAAAUGGUUGAGGCAGCAAAUAGGACUAGUGAGCCAAAAACUGGCUUUGUUUGCGACAACAAUUAGAGAAAACAUACUUUUAGAAAGAUCUGAUGCUGACCAAGUUGAGAUUGAAUAAGCUGCAAGAGUAGCCAAUGCUCAUUCUUUCAUUAUGAAACUUCUAGAGGGUUAUGAGACAUAGUUUAGCCAAUAUAGAAUUUCAAUUUCUAUUCCGAUUCAUUGGAAUCAGAAUUGUUUAAUAUUUUGUAUUAUUGAAAAUCUAGAUGAUGACUUGUAAUCCUAUGCUUAAUUUUAGUUUUAUUAGUAUAUUUUGAUAA